AUGACUGAGCUAGUAGCGAAGCGAGAUGAUAAUCAGAUUGGUGGAACAGGAAUCGUAAGUGGAUUGGAGAAGCGAAUAGAAUGCGGUAACGGUUUAGGUUGCGAACUCAGAGGCACCGAACGAACGUGUUAUCUGGCGUUGAUCGUUUUCUCGGUUGUCUCGACGAGGCAAGCAGAAUGGAUACCUUGCGUGGAAUUGAAGCGGGAGCUUCAGGUCCCGUGCAAAUGUGCCCUUUCCACCAAGUACAGCCGCUCGAUCGAGAUGAACUGCGAUCGAGUGGUGUUUACGCGGGACAUCGUGGAGGGGCUGCGGGGACAACCGAUCGUUUCUAUCAGCCAAAGGCAGAGCGGGUACCAAAAUCUACCGGAGGAUUUACUGAAUUCGAGCAAAUUGAAUUUGAGGAAGCUCGAUCUAUCCGGAAACUCGAUCCACAGGUUAAUGGACCGGUUGCUUCAAGCGCACACCGGAUUAGAAGAAUUAAGACUGGCCGAUAAUCUGUUGGGCGACAGCCUGAAUCCUAUAUUCUCUAGCAACGAGUUUCACGGCAUGAAACAAUUGAAGCUUCUCGAUCUAAGUAGAAACGGCCUGCGAAGUAUCGAAGAGGGGAUCUUGAAGGGAUGCGAGAGUCUCGAGCAACUUUACUUGGACGGGAACAAUUUGACGACGGUGCCGACUAUGUCGCUGAAAGGGCCAACCUCUAUCAGAGUGCUCUCAUUAUCCGGGAACAAUAUUGGAUCAGUUGCACGAGCCGCUUUCUCGAUGGUCGGCGAGUCGGUGUUGCGAUUAGAUCUGAGCGAAAACGAGCUGUCUCACAUGGAAGACGACGCACUUUCGGGGCUCGAACGGUUACUCGUGCUCAAUAUUUCGCGCAACGAUCUUACUCGUUUCAACAGCGAUGUUUUCAAAGGGGCAUACAAUUUAUUACAGCUGGAUCUGUCCACUAACUUUCUUCGAGAAUUUCCAAGCGACGCGCUCAGACAUCUGACGGAGCUGAAGUUCCUCAACGUUUCGAAUAAUUUGAUCGAUGCGAUCGAUCAGGCGUAUUUGUCAGGUGUGAAGGAGCUGCAGGUACUGGAUCUUAGCCGAAACAACAUCGGCCGUCUCGGUGUUAACGCGUUUUCGAGCUUGUCCGAAUUGACCAGGCUCGACUUAAGCUUGAACGCGUUACGAACGAUCGAGGAAUCCUCGUUCGAGGGUUUGACCAAGCUGAAAUGGCUUUCGUUGCAAGACAACAACAUCCUGCUGGUACCGGCCACCAGUCUCAACAGAUUACCCUCUUUGGCCCAUCUCCACAUGGAAUUCAAUCGCGUUGCGGCUCUCCCGAUCGAGUUAAUCGAAGCGACCGCCUCCAGUCUCGUCACGUUGGUGCUUACUCGAAAUCUCGUGAGAGAAAUACCGGCUGGCUUGUUCCAGGACUUCGAGAUGCUGGUCAGCAUCGAGUUAUCCGGGAACAUGCUAACGACCAUCGGCCCUGACACGUUCGCCGGGCUGGAGGAGACGUUACUCGAGCUGGACGUCUCGUCCAACAGGCUGACGUCGAUCACCGGCGGCGAGCUUCUCUUGAGAAAACUCCUCUCCCUUAACCUGUCCGGCAAUCGGUUGACCCGUAUCCCACCGGAAACGUUCCAGCGUCUCGAUAGCGUUCGAUAUCUGAACCUGAGCUCGAAUCCACUCUACGGUGGCUUCCCACCGGUCUUGCCCUCCACCGUCCUCGAUCUCGACGUCUCGCGUACCGACCUAAGAAUCCUCCCGGCAGUUUUGCUGCUAAAUCUUCAAUCUCUGGAAAGGAUAUCGCUCGGCGGUAACAGACUCGAGAAGAUUGAGGAGGGGACGUUCGAACGUCUGGAGAAUCUAUCGAGGAUCGACCUGUCCGCGAAUCUCAUCGAACGCAUCGACAACGGAGCUUUCGUCGGCUUGAGCAACCUGUACCAGCUGAACCUGCGGGGCAACAGGUUGAGCUCGUUCGCCGGUGAACACUUCGACACCGGCACGGGAUUGGAGUUGCUCGAUCUCUCGAGUAACCGAAUCGAUCGAUUGUCACCGACCGCUUUCGCCAUUCAUCCAAGAUUACGAGAGCUCGAUCUCUCCGACAAUCGAUUCCUCCAUUUCCCGAGCGAGUAUCUCACUCCGUUGCAAUUCCUCGAGCGGCUCGACUUGUCUAGGAACGGGUUGAAACGCGUCGGCGAGUUCGCCUUUUCUCAACUCGGUCGUCUUCGGACGCUGAAUCUCGCCGCGAAUUGGAUCGAGUCUGUCGAGGAGCUGGCCUUCCACAAUUCGACACAGCUGCAGCUGCUCGAUCUGUCCGGGAACGGGAUCGAGGGGUUCAGCGAGAGAACGAUGGAAGGUCUGCUCCGUCUCGAGCAUCUCGAUCUUCGGGACAAUCGUUUGUCCUCCCUGCCGGAGACUAUUUUCGAGCCGAGCAGAGUUCGAUCGGUCGAAAGCAUCGAUCUGUCCGGGAAUCGGCUCAACGAGAUCCCGAUGAAAUCCCUGCAGAGCCAGGCUGGAUCCCUCUCCAGGUUGAAUCUCGCUCGAAACCUGUUGGUCGAGUUGUUCAGCCAGGAGGUAGCGAGCAACGUGAAGGAGCUCGACCUCUCGGACAAUCCUCUGAGCGAGAACGCGGUGAACGGGUUAGUAGGGGAGGGGAAAAUUCUGCGCUCGUUGAACCUGGCCAAUACCGGAAUCGAACGUCUAACCGUCAGGCUCGAGACGCCGUUCCUGAAGCGGCUGAAUCUCUCCGGGAACCGGCUGACCGAGCUCGGCUCGAGCAUCCUUCAACGCGCCACCAUGCUCGAGACGUUGGACGUCUCGAGGAACCGACUGCCGGAUUUCGCUGGCGCGAUCGCUGCCCUCGAGUCCCUGCCGGCCCUUCGUUCCCUAGACCUUUCCGGCAACCGACCGAGAACGAUCAACGAAUCCGUCACCUUCGACCGCCUCACCAGUUUGCGCUUCCUCGAGAUCUCGCAUCUGCCCGACUGUACCAGGAUCGAGAGGAACGCUUUCAAACCGUUCGCGAACCUUCGCUCCUUGUCCGCCCACGAUUAUCCCAAGCUUGGGUAUUUCGACAUUCAGGGGAUCCUGAAAGGGAUGAGCAAGCUGGAAACGUUGGACAUCGAGAUCAAGGAUUCCUCGGUGGGCAACGAACAACUAUCGAUACGCAGUCAUCCCCGACUGAGAGAGGUGAUCCUGCGCGGCGACAGGCUUAGAAGCGUUCUAUCGAGUUCGUUGGUCGGCGUGAGGGUGCCGAAACUGACCGUCGGUAUCAAGAACACCUCCGUCGACUCGAUGCCAGCCGCCCUCUUCUUCCCUGUUCCCCGCUCCACCGAGCUCCACCUCGAUAUUUCCCAAAGCAAGUUCACCACCCUAUCCGCCCAAUUUCUUGCCGCCCUCGACGAACGAACUGGCACCGUUACCAUCAACGGACUCGCCUACAAUCCAAUCGUUUGCAACUGCCACGCCAGCCAACUUUGGAAAUGGCUCAGAGCGGCGAACCACAACCACCGCCACCAUCCUUCCAAUCUCGUUCGUUGUUCCGCUCCAGUCCACCUCGCCGGAUCCAGCUUGACCAACCUGACGGAAGAUAUGUUAUCCUGUAAUAACUCCUCCUCAACCUUUUAUCUCGAUCGUCGUCCCGGCGCGGUUCACCACGCUGUUGAUCGCCCCGGUACCGUAGCCACUCCCUCCAAGCCCACGCCGGCAAACAUUUCCGGAACGGACGACACCCUCAUCAUUGGCAUAGUCGCCGGCGUGGUCGCGUUCAUAGCUCUGAUCGUGAUCGUCAUCUGCGUUUGUCGAUUCAGAUGGUCCGGAAGGGUAGACGAAACGCGUCGCUUCGCCGCGGCAAUCGCCGCCAGCACUAUUCCGGACGCCUCCGUCAUCAGACCAGCCAGCGCCUAUUCCGGCAAGAUCAAUCAUGACGCUUAUCUCGGAUCCUACAACGGAGGAUCCACCUUGGACCGUGGAAAUACCGCGAUGCCCGCUACAUCCAUGCCAACCACACCUGUUCAAAUCAUGCCUUUCCUUCAACCACCGAUCCACCUUAUGCACACUCUUGUACCACCUGUUUCCGCCCACCCCCAUUCCCACUCCCAGUCGCAGGCUCAGUUACAGCAAUUCUACGGAUACUGCGAAGGUUCCUCUCUACCUAUCUACGUUACCUGUUCUACCACGCAGGAUACCAAAUGCGACAGAUAACUCCGAUCUUUUUCCUCAUUCUACGCCUAUACCUCAUAAUUUACUCAAUCUUCUCGUUUUAUCGUUAAACAGCGCACAUAUUUUACCAGCACUCUAUCGAGAAACGUUCAGUGCUUGAAUUUUAUCCUCUUCUUUCGUUCCGCGACCAAUUGCCAACCACCUCUCUCUCUUCUUCUUUAAAUUGUUCGAGAUUUUCGUCAG